AUGACAAAUUUUAGGCCUAUAUCCUUAAUAUCCAACUCAGCUAAAAUUUUUGAAAAAAUAAUCCACAGAAGACUUUUAGGUUUCAUUGAGAGGCACAAAUUGAUAGCUAAGCGACAGUACGGAUUCAUGAAGAAAAUGGGAAUUAGAGACGCCCUUAAUUACCUAACUGACCUAAUAUAUGGGCGACUCGAUAUAAGCGCACCCGUGGCCGUGACUUUUUUAGAUUUGGCAAAAGCCUUCGAUACCGUGAAUCAUGAUAUUCUUUUGGAUAAAUUGUACAAUUAUGGAAUUAGAGGUAAGGCUUUGCAACUACUAACAUCAUAUCUAGAAAAAAGGUGCCAUAGGGUGAAGAUUAAUGACGUUUUAAGUGAUUAUUGUGAGUUAGCAGAAAAGCUCAAAUUCAAAUCAUCAGUCCUGUUACGUUCCGAAGAAGCCGCAGUUUUAAUGGAUGUUGGAGAUGACGAACCGUCUCAACUUUAUUCAGAAUUGGGCAAAAAACUUUUAAAUGACCACAAAUGGAUGCCCCUUUGGUCAUGCGUUGCUAGACCAAAAUUUGGUUAUGGGCGUAUACCAGCAUCUAGUGCACCUGUGGAAGGACAUUUCAGUAUAGUCAAAAAUCAAAUUUUCAAAUUCUGUGCGAAGCCUGUACGAGCAGAUAAUUUCGUAGAAACAUAUUUGAAAUAUUUAGAAGGAAGUUUGAAAAUUGCAUCUUCCGAACUCACUAAUCUCACAGAAGAAGAAACAAACGAAAAAGAUGAAGAAACGGACGGUGCGAUAUUGGCAACCCAGGAAGAAGAGAACUGGAGAGGUCUAGGCAAUAAAAAUGAAAUGCCAAAGUCCUUAUACCUAACGAAAAAUUAUGAAGUUUUCGAUGCGCUAGAGGAUUUCAAAAAAGUUCAAAAAAUCCCUUUAAUAAAAAAUGGAAAUCAUCCGUCUCUUCGGGCAAUAGAUCUUGAAGGAAGUUCUUAUUCUUUAAGAAACACUUGCGCUUUCGACAGCCUGGUACAAAUAUUUCUUGUUGGAUUUCGGGACAAAGAAGAAAUCAGGAUUUCCCUAGAAAAGUUAGCUUCAGAAGAUAUAGUGAAGUAUAUCAGCUCCAAAGGAAUAAACACCCACUCAUAUCGUAUGCGAACUAUGAUACUGAAAAAUCUAUUCGAUACAAACACAAAACACAUAACAGAGAAUAAUUAUUCGGUCGAUUGUGAAUGUAAUGUGAUUUCAUUGAUUUCUAAGAUAUUUGCAGAUCUGCCAAGUAUGAAGGAAGUCUCAGUCUGUGAGAAUGGUUGUACUGCGAAACACAAGGACUUGAGAGUGCUUUCUGUCGACCACACAAAAAUUGGAAAAAAUUCUGAAAAUAUAAUUGGGGAACAUAUCGUUCUCAGGGGAAAACAGAAGUGCGCAAUGGGUACAGAGAAUCUAGAUUGACAGAGACAGGUGGGUGUAUUGAGAAUUAUUGUUAUUAUGUACCGGUGACAUUCUUUUGAAUGAAUGCAUAUAUAAAUAUAUAUGCCAUAUAAACCACGACCAUUACUGAACCUGAGUUACAUAUAUUAAAUC